AUGCUCAACGCUUCUGAAUAGGCUGCAACUUCUUUAUUAAAUGACAAACUAGAAGAUCUAAAAAAAAUAAUGAAGCAAUAUUCAAAAUAUACUACAGAUUCAUAAAAUGAAUAUGAGUAACAUUUUAAGAAAUUUGGACCAUUUAACAAAUAAUAUUCUUCAUAGAUUUCAUUAUAAGUUAAUGAUCCAAUAAGCUUAGGUAUUUUACUUUAUUUAAUUCAAGGACAAAAUUUGAUUGAAUUCAUUUAACUUUUUGAAUCGAUCUCAAAAACAUCACUUUCAUAGUUUUCAGAAUUUUUCUAAUUCUUUUCUCAAAGUAUUGAGUAAUAUAAUGAGAAGAUGAAUAUUUUCACUAAAAUAAUAACAGAUGGUAAUUUCCAACAAUCGCAAUAGCUUGCAUAACAUAGAUAAAAUUGUAAAAAGGCCAAAGAUAAAUAUGAUAAACUAUGUAAAGAAAUAGAAAUGACUUUGAAUUCUGGUAAGAAAAAUUCAGUUGAUGCUUUAACUGGAUAUGAUCUCAAUCUGUCUUUCAAGAACGAUUAAAAAUUAAAGGAAUUAAUAAAACAAGUUGAGCCUGCAGAAUAAUAAUACAAAGAAGCUUAUGAUAGUUUAAUUAUAAAAACAAAAGAUUUCAAUUAAGCUAUUGAAGAUUCUCGAUAGUAAUUAAUCUAAGCUCAUUAAUUAACUUAUUCAAAAUUUGUAGAUAUUACAAUGAAGCUUGAUUAACAUAAAUUAUCUGCAAAUUGUUGGAUUAAAGGUUAAAUGGAUGAAAAAUAAGAAAAAAUUUUAUCCUUACCAAUUUAUGAUUAAGAAAUGGAAGAAAGAAUAAUCACAUCUAAAUAUGAAUAAGAUAAUCAGUUUAGAUAUAUUACUAUUAUGAGUAAAAUUGCAGAAAAAAAACAAAUAACAGAUUAAGAAUAUUUAACAAUUCCAGAUACUUUACAUAAACAUAUAGAUGCUUAAUUGUCUUUUAUAAAUGAUAGGCUUAAAAAUUAAAAAAUUCUACCAAUUUACCUUACAGAAUUAUCUAAUCUUAUGGAUUAAUUUUCAAAAAAUUUAUAAAAAUCAGUAAAGACAACCUUAUAAUUUAUUCAAGUAAUUAAUAUAAUUAUUUAUAUAGGAUAAAUCAGACAAAGAUAAAUUAAAUUUCAUAAAGCCAAUUCUUUAGGUAUAAGAAAUUUUGGUUAAGUAAAAUGAUUAUUUUUCAAAAAAGUAUAAUUAAUAAUCAUAAUUUAUUUUACUUAAAGCUUAAUGCUUGGAUUAAUUAAUCAAAGAGUAAAAAAAUUAAGAAAAAAGUUUUUUGAAUAUGUACUAAAAGAUGUUGAAAGAUUUUUAAUCACUCAAAUAAUAAAUUUUAGAAAAUGAAUAGAAGCCAGCAAUAAAAGAAAAUUUAAUAUAAUAAUUAAAGAAAACUAUAUAAGAAAGUUGUAAUGGUCUUAAACACUCAGUGGAUUCAGUAAGAGGUAAUGAAUAUUAAAGAUCUAAUUAAAUCAUUUAAACAUUAGAUUAAAUUAUAAGUCAUUAUAGUUCAUUCUUAGAUGAAAUAGUAACUUAGACAAAAUAAUAGGAAGAAAGCUUAAGUUAAAUUUAGGAAAAGAUAAAAUAAGUUGAAUAUGAAACUAUGUUAAAUACUAAACUUGAUUAAUAAGAUUUGAAAUUUCAAAAGUUAUUUGAGAUGACUGAUGAAAUCAAAUCUAAGAUUGAAAUGGCAACAUUGCUAUAAUAAUAAGAAGAGAGUGAAAGUGAUGAUAUAAACUUGGAGGAAGGUUCUGUUAAAGUGUCUUAAAAAUUAAUUGAAAAAUUCAGAAUAUUAGAAGGAGAUAAGUGUAUUGCAAGUUAUGCAUGUGCAUUUGAUAAUAAAAUUCUUUUAUAAGGUAGAAUGUAUAUUUUUUCAUCUAAAGUUUGUUUCCAUUCAUAUUUUAAUGGCAAAGUAUUUAUUUUAUGAAUUAAUAGACUCUUUUUGGAACUACAGCAUUAGGUAUUCCUUCAAUAGAUAUAUAAAAUAUUAGAAGAACUAAAGCUUAUAUGGUAGAUGCAGCUAUUGAAUUUAAAACAAUGAAAGGAUAUUUAGUCUUUGCCAGUUUAGCCAAUAGAGAACAAACUUUGGCGAGCUUGAAAUAAGUAAAAGGCUUAGAGUAAGGAAUUAUUGAGGAAAAAAUUGAAAGUGAACCAGAAAGAAAUAUAUAAUAAGUUUAUAUAGAAACAUAACAACUAAUGAAACCUCAAGAAAAAUAAUAAGGAAUUAGAAGUCCUUCACCAAAACCUUAGAAUAUAUCAGCAGAACCUUAAAAUUAGAAGAAUUUAGAUUAAUAAUUAGAUAAAAGUCUAAACAAUUUAAAUCAAUAACAACAAUAAUAAUAAUAAUAAUAGUAAUAAUAAUAUAUAUUAUAAUAGUAGUAAUAAUAAUAAUAGUAAUAAUAGUAAUAAUAAUAAUAAUAAUAGUAGUAAUAAUAAUAAUAGUAAUAAUAGUAAUAAUAAUAAUAAUAGUAAUAAUAACAAUAAUCUAUUGAUCAAUCUAUAAUAAUUCCUUAAAUACAAAUUACUGAACCUAUUCAAGAGAUUAAAAGAUCUUCUCAUGAAUAAAAUUCUUAGACUAAAUAAAAUAAAGAAGUUGAUAAAUAAGAAAAAACGAGUGAAAAGAUAAUAAAUAAAGAUUAAUAAGAAUAAUCUAAUCCUGCUUUACCUUAGGUUUCAUAAUUUGAGACAGAAUAAAUAAAUGAAAAUUAAAGAGAUCUUUAUAAUGAAAUAAUGGUUUAGAAUAAGUAAAAUAGAUUUAUGAAUUAACCUGCAAUAAUGAAAUUUAAAACCUAAUUAAAGGUAAGUGUAAAAGAAUUUAUAGAUUACUUUUUAUUAGAUACUCCUUACGAAAAUUGUUUAUCAUUUCCUCAAUAUUAUCAAGUUGUUAUAUGUUAAGAUAGGGAGAUUGAUUUUUAAAAGUAUUAACCUGAACCAAAAAUUGGACAUAUUUCAAAAAGACCAAUAAAAUUCAUUCAUCCAGUCAAAGAAAAAUAAAUGUUUGCCCCAGAUAUAGUUCAUUGUUUUGCAGAAGAUGUUUUAUAUUAUUUUAAUGAUAAUGAGAUAUUAUUAGAAAAAGAGGUAAAAUUUGCUAAAAUACCUUAUGCCGACAGUUUUUCUUGUAGAGUUUUUUGGCAUAUUCAUUAAAUUGAUGGUGGAUGUUAGGUAAAUUAUGGAUUUUAUAUUCAUUUUUUCAAAUAGACUGUUUUCAAAAGUAAAAUUGAAAAUAGCAGUAAAAAAGAAAGCAUUGAAGUUUGGGAAAAGUAUUUAAAAUAAAUAUAUGAGGAAGAGCAAAACAAAAUUAUAAUGAAAAGAGUUUAAAAUGAACAAAAACAACAAAAAAUUGAAGAAAUUGAAAUUAAGGAUCCUAUAGAAACAAAAGUUGAAUAAGUGUUAGUAUAAAGGUCAAAAUAAAACAACGAGGAGUUGAUACUUGAAUAAAUUUAGCAAGAAUCCUAAGUUGUAUAAGAUAGCAAUUAAAAUCAAGAGUAAAAUUAAUAGUAGAUUAUUGAAAAUAAAGUAAAAGAUGUAAUUGAAGGAAAAUAAAUUCCGCAAUCUAUACCAUAAGAAUUGAAUUCCAAAAUAGAGAAAUUAACCCAAUUAUCUUAUGCAAUAAUUGGUCUUUUAAUUAUCAACAUUUUGCUAACCAUUGGAAAAUGA